CAGAGGACGGGGGAUUGGAUUUACUCGCUAACCGUGCAGGGAGGUGGAGAAUCAAGCUGGAUAAGUUUCCUCAUCAUACAGGUUAUUGGACUUUAAAUGAAGAUCGUGCCAUCAGAGGAGGAGAGACUUCAGCAUGCAAACCUUCGUCCGUCCGGCUUGCGCCCUCUUUUUCUUUACACACUGCUGGUCUUCAGAUGGCUGCUCCAAUGCCCCAUACGCACCAGCAGUACAGUGACCGCCACCAGCCAAGCACUGACCAAUCUGUUACGGUCUUACCGUACAGCGACCAGACACCACAGCUCACUGCCAAUCAGAGGCACAUGCCCCAGUGCUUUCGUGACCCAACUUCAGCUCCCCUGAGGAAGCUCUCCAUUGACCUUAUCAAAACCUACAAACACAUCAAUGAGGUGUAUUAUGCAAAAAAGAAGCGACGGCACCAACAGGGCCAGGGUGAAGACUCCAGUCACAAAAAGGAGAGGAAAGUUUUUAAUGAUGGCUACGACGAUGAUAACUAUGACUACAUCGUCAAGAAUGGGGAGAAGUGGAUGGACCGCUAUGAAAUUGAUUCCUUGAUAGGAAAAGGAUCGUUUGGACAGGUUGUGAAAGCGUAUGACAGGGUCGAGCAAGAAUGGGUCGCCAUUAAGAUCAUCAAGAACAAGAAAGCUUUUCUCAAUCAAGCCCAGAUAGAAGUGCGCCUCCUGGAGCUGAUGAACAAACAUGAUACCGAGAUGAAAUACUACAUCGUUCACCUGAAGCGACACUUCAUGUUUCGGAACCACCUCUGCCUCGUGUUUGAGAUGCUGUCAUAUAACUUAUACGACCUGCUCCGAAAUACCAACUUCCGUGGAGUCUCGCUCAAUCUCACCCGGAAGUUUGCCCAGCAGCUAUGCACGGCACUACUCUUCCUGGCCACGCCUGAGCUCAGCAUCAUCCACUGUGACCUGAAGCCCGAGAACAUCCUCCUCUGUAACCCCAAGAGGAGUGCCAUCAAAAUAGUGGACUUUGGCAGCUCAUGCCAACUGGGACAAAGGAUAUAUCAGUAUAUCCAGAGUCGCUUCUACCGUUCCCCAGAGGUGCUGCUGGGAAUGCCCUAUGACCUGGCCAUCGACAUGUGGUCCUUGGGUUGCAUCUUGGUAGAGAUGCACACUGGAGAACCUCUCUUUAGCGGAGCCAAUGAGGUGGAUCAGAUGAACAAAAUAGUUGAGGUUCUUGGUAUCCCACCUAAUCACAUAAUGGACCUAGCCCCUAAAGCCAGGAAGUUCUUCGAGAAGCUUUCGGAUGGUACAUGGAGUGUUAAGAAGACCAAAGAUGGCAAAAGGUAUAAGCCUCCAGCUUCACGGAAGCUACACGCAAUCCUGGGUGUGGAGACAGGGGGUCCAGGUGGCCGACGGGCGGGGGAGUCUGGCCACGCUGUUGCUGACUACUUGAAGUUCAAGGACCUGAUCCUCCGGAUGUUGGACUACGACCCUAAGAGUCGCAUCCAGCCCUACUAUGCCCUGCAGCACAGCUUCUUCAAGAAGACUGCGGACGAGGGGACCAAUACAAGCAGCAGCGUGUCUACAAGCCCCGCGUUAGAGCAAUCCCAGUCUUCAGGAACCACCUCCAGCACCUCCUCCAGUUCAGGAGGAUCGUCUGGGACUAGUACGAGCGGCAGAGCGAGGUCAGACCCUACCCAUCACCACUUGCACAGUGGAGGACACUUUGGCACGACGAUGCCAACUAUCGAUGGUGACAGCCUCUGUCCACAGGCAAGACAGCCUUACCCACCCCCGCUGGUGUGGGGAGGUGGCGUUGGGCCCGAGUCAGUCACUGGAGAAACCCACCCAGUUCAGGAGACCACCUUCCAUGUUCCCCCUCAGCACCCCAAGGCCCUGCAUCCCCACUCACACGCUCAUCACCACCACGGGCAGAUGAUGGCUACACGUCCACGUCCACGCCACUACACCUCCCCGACACACAGCUCUUCAACACAGGACUCCAUGGAGGUGGUUCAUGGCCAUCUGUCCAUGACCUCCCUGUCUUCCUCUGCCUCCUCUUCCUCUACAUCAUCCUCUUCCACUGGGAACCAUGGCAACCAGGCCUACCAGCUCCGCCAUUUGCCCGCCGGAGCCCUUGACUUUGGUCAGAAUGGUGGGCUGAGCAUGGGGCUAGGUGCCUUCUCGAACCCACGGCAGGAGACUGGCAUGGCAGCGCACCCUGCGUUCUCCAUGGGCACGAACACGGGGCCUGCCCAUUACCUAGCGGAAGGCCACCUGGGCAUGAGGCAGGGCAUGGACCGGGAGGAGUCUCCAAUGACUGGAGUGUGUGUGCAGCAGAGUUCGAUGGCCAGCUCGUGACUGCACUGACAUUUGGCUGUGUGUUCCCCCUGUGCGUCAUUUUUAAGGUGGUGUUUUUUACUACAAGGUGUGUUGAGAACAAAAGCUGCUCACGUCAGAAGGGAGAUAUCACUGAACCGCUACUACAGAGAAAAACCUUUGUUCAAAGUAUAUAUGUAAUUUUUAUCAGUUUUUUUUUUUCUUUUGCAAUCAUUAGGCACAAAAUAAUACUGCGAAAUAACCAUAGUGAGAUUGAGACAACCAUCUUACCAUUUCACCAGUUUCAUGUAACCACAAAGUAAUCACCAUUUGGUAUUAUGUGACAAAAUCUUCUACGGAGCAUUUCAGCGCAGAGUUCGGAGCUGUCCUGCAGCUAGCUGUUGGUGAGGAAAUGCUUGGCGUCCUCUUUAGUUCGAACCGCGGAGCACCUGACAUUCCUGCUCCGCUGGUUUCUAAUGAUUUCUGCCCUUUAUUUUUUUUUAUUGUUUUCGAAAGUGAAGUUUCACAUAAAAAGCUGCUUGUAACUCCUGUAGCUUGACAACGAGGGGAAGUGUUUGCAGUGAUAUUUCUUGUCGUCGGUCGGUGUGUGACUCUGUUAAAGGGGAGCACACAGCAGCGGAGUUCCCUACACGUGUGCUGGCCGGGGCAGAGAGGAGACUCGGCAGGUGGAUGCUGACACCGACCGAGGUUUAAAGGAGAGGGAAGCGCCACCCCCACACACACCCCCACCUCCCUCGCCCCCCCAGGCCCAAAGGCCCCGUUGUUCCUGCGACCGGGCCCGGCACAGGCGAGAGCAGCGACGGGCACGGGAGACGAGAGGAAGACCGGCCCGGUGAAAGGAAGACGGUCUGCGGCUGGUUCUAGAUAAUCCUUUGGCCUUAUGACUCAUGGACUUGGAACGGCAUGGAGAUGGACAUUUUCAUUUGAAUUAAGAUGGCUUUUCUCUAUUUUUUUCUCUCUCUGUCUCUCUCUAGACAGCCCUUAAUUCUUUAAGGAAAUUAAAACAACUUAGAAAAGGUAAAUAAGAAUGGUAAUUUGAGGCCUUUUUCAACAAAGAUUUCAUCUUCAGCAGGGCCCCACAUAACAGGGUCUUAUUGUACACAACAACCUCCUAAACAUUACUUCCUUGAGAUUCACUGGUUGAGGAUUUUACAGUGGAAAGAACUAUAUUCCAGAGUCUACCCUUUUUAUGUUUUAUUUUGUUCCCCCUUUUGCAUGUAGUCCCCCCCCCCCCCAUCAGAACCACCUGCACAAGUCUCUUCAUCUAAAACAUGGAAACUGAAGAAAAAAAAAAAAAAACCCAAGAGUUAAGUGACUGCCUUUUUUCUCCUCAAAUUAUGCUGUGAAUUUUACAAGAAUUUAUU